AUGAGCAGUACUAUAUUUUACCGCUUCAAAUCUCAGCGAAACACAUCGAGAAUUCUAUUCGAUGGUACUGGUUUGACAGUGUUUGAUUUAAAAAGGGAAAUUAUACAAGAGAACAAACUAGGCGAUGGUACUGAUUUCCAAUUGAAAGUUUAUAACCCGGAUACAGAAGAAGAAUACGACGAUGAUGCUUUUGUUAUACCUAGGUCUACUAGUGUGAUAGUAAAAAGAUCUCCCGCAAUAAAAUCAUUCUCUGUACAUAGCCGACUUAAAGGGAACGUGGGAGCAGCUGCCCUGGGGAAUGCAACAAGGUAUGUCACUGGUAGACCGAGAGUGUUACAGAAGAGACAACAUACGGCCACAACCACCGCUAACGUUAGUGGUGUAACUGAAGAAGAAAGAAUAGCCAGUAUGUUCGCUACGCAAGAGAAUCAAUGGGAACAAACGCAAGAAGAAAUGUCUACAGCCACACCUGUUUUUUUUAAGUCACAAACAAAUAAGAAUUCUGCACAAGAAAACGAAGGCCCUCCGCCCCCAGGUUACAUGUGUUAUCGUUGUGGGGGAAGAGACCAUUGGAUUAAGAAUUGUCCAACAAACAGCGAUCCUAAUUUCGAAGGAAAAAGAAUAAGAAGAACCACAGGUAUUCCGAAGAAGUUCUUAAAAUCAAUUGAAAUAGAUCCUGAAACAAUGACACCGGAGGAAAUGGCCCAACGAAAGAUCAUGAUCACGGACGAGGGUAAAUUUGUAGUUCAAGUAGAAGACAAACAAUCAUGGGAAGACUACCAAAGAAAAAGAGAGAACAGACAAAUUGAUGGCGACGAAACUGUGUGGAGGAAAGGGCAUUUCAAUAAUUUGCCAGAUAAUUUGAAAUGUCCCUUGACAGAAGGUCUUUUAAGACAGCCCGUAAAGACUAGCAAGUGUUGCAACAAGGACUUUUCGAAAGAAGCGCUGGAAGACGCGCUUGUGGACAGCGAUUUUGUGUGCCCCAAUUGUGGAACUAGCGAUAUCCUUCUCGAUUCCUUAGUACUUGAUGAAGAUAAGCAAAAAGAGGUUGAAACCUUUUUAAAGAAGCAGCAAGAAGUGCGCGGCAAUUCUAAAGAUGGUAAUCAACCGGAAGCUAAGAAGAUAAAGUUGCUUGACACAGCUAGUACCAUUGGCUUGAGCAGUAAUACCAAUCCGUCUACUUCUGUGAAUAAUGGUAGUGCUCCAGUGCCACCAGUACCGCUGCCUUUCGGAAUGCCUCCUUUUCCCAUGUUUCCAAUGCCCUUCAUGCCACCGGCGCCAAAUGUCACAAAUUCUCACCAAACCGAUGCGAGCCCCAAGAAAUGA